AUGGCGGUUGUACCAUCGGAAGCGGAAUCCUCCGCAAGCAGAAACUUUCCCUCACUCUUCUAUUCCGAUUUCCUCCGUAAUCGAUUCUCUGCUUUCUAUUUCUUCUCCCCUACCAAAUUCCUCUCAAACUUCACUUCUCCCUUCCGAUCAUCCCGCCGUCGAGAAUGUCUCCCUCUUCCCGUACCUUCCAACUUUCUCCACUCUUCUAUUAACAACACUAACGGAUCUAGAGUUCAUGCUGUCUUGAAAGACGUGUUAGAGCGUGUUUUGAAGAACUUGCAUCUCAUUCAAAAGAAUCUUCAGUUUUGGGAAUCUAUAGCUGAGCAAUCAGAUAAUAGGAAAGCUUAUUUCAUGAUUUUUGAGAGAGGUCCUCGUGCUUUUAUGGGUGAGACGGUUAAUUUGUUGCGUGGAUGUGCUACUCAAGAUUCUUUCUUACAGAAUCUAUGUCAAUCUGCAUCUGAUCAUAUUGACGAGAGAAUAUCUGUUCUCAGUUGCUUAAGAUGUUCAUUGGCGAUAUUUUUGGGGCAGAUUUAUGCGGAAGUUCAUAAAGUUGGAGAGGGAUUAAUAACAGAUCCAGAGAAUAAACUUCCAUCAUUGUUGGGUAUAAUUAAUGAUUUGUUCUCAACAUUAGAAGCUUCAAUUGGACAUCUACAUGCAACGCGUCAGAGGGAUUCUUCUGUUGAUGGGACUUAUUCAACUCCCCUGCUGUUUGAGGAGCUCCCAAAAAUAAAUCAGGAUGGGUCCCAAUGGACAGAUUGUGAAAUUAGAGAUGCUAUCAAUUCAGUUUACCACAAUUUAGACAAGCUGGAAUCUUACAUAUGUUUCCUUGUUGUCAAACAUAGAAAACCAAAGAGAAUAACCCAACAUUGGGUACAAUAUGCAUGUGGUGCUGUUGGUCUCUCCGUAUGCUCUCUUUGGCUCUUACGGCAUAGUAGCUUGAUGGGAAGCUCUGAUCUUGAUAACUGGAUUAAGGAAGUGAAGGACUCAACAGUUGACUUUUUUAAGGAUCACGUAGAACAACCGAUUUUAUCCAUCCGAGAUGAGCUUUUUGACACGUUCAGGAAGAGGCAUCAAGGUAUUAUGGAUCUUGAAGAGGUGCGGUUGACUUCCGAAUCGCUACACAGAAUGUUGUUGGCUUUCAGUGAGCAGACAAAGGGUCAGAAAUUUCCAGUGAAUGCAUCGGAUCAGAAAAUGCUUGAGAUAGUCAUGGACAGGUAUGAGAAGGAACUCAUGCAUCCUAUUCAAAACCUUUUCAGUGGAGAGCUGGCUCGGGCUAUGCUUAUUCAGGUUCAGAAGCUGAAACUGGAUACUGAAACCGCAAUGCUGGAGCUAAACCAAAUUCUACGGGCAAAUGAAAUCAACUUUGCUGUUCUGACUGCCUUACCUGCCUUCUUUCUCUCCCUUUUACUCAUUAUGUUAGUACGGGCAUGGUUCAAACAGGAUACAAAAGCUGAGGGAAGGGGUAGAAUUGCCCGGAUUCAGAGGAGGCUACUUGUCGUAGAAGUUGAGAAGAGGAUUUUGCAAUAUCAAAAUUAUGUAGAGCAAGGAUUGGAGAGAGAUGCAAAGUAUACAUUUGGAUUGAUACUCUAUAGCUUGGAUCGCUUGUACAGUGCGGUCAAGAGGCACGCUGAAGCUUCUCGAGAGUGGCAUAGUUUGCGACAAGAUAUAAUUGAUUUGGCUAGUCCUGGCCUGCAAACUAACCACAAGCUCACUGUGACUUCACGCUUAGAGAGCGUCUAUGACUGCUUGCUUCCUGUUCUCAAACCUCGAUAG